AUGGCAACUUUCUCCCCUCUCCCCAAAUAACAGGUAGAAAAUGUGACAUUACUGGAUUGUUAUAUGGCUAAGAAACCAGGUAAUGGGAUUCUGUAUCUUAUUGUAACUCACCUGAUCUAUGUGGAGGCUUCUGGUGCAGCCAGGAAAGAAACAUGGAUUGCACUGCAUCACAUUGCCAAUGUGGAGAAGUUGACCAUUACUAGCUUGGGUUGUUCACUGAUUCUCAGCGGCAAGAACUUCCAGGUGGCCCACUUUGUUUUAGACUCUGACACUGUGUGCCAUGAGGUUUAUAUUUCACUGCUCAAGCUUUCUCAGCCAGGUCUACCUGAAGAUUUGUAUGCUUUUUCUUAUACUCCCAAAUCUUCAAAAGAAAUGAGGGAAAAUGGAUGGAAACUGAUUGACCCAAUAUCAGACUUUAGGCAUAUGGGAAUACCCAGCAGAUAUGGUCCAGAUAUGGGCGUGUGGUCCAGUACCAUAACAGAUGCCAACAGAAACUAUGAGUUGAAUGCCUUGGCCAACAGAGCAGCUGGAAAGGGGUAUGAAAAUGAAAACAACUAUGCCAACAUUCGAUUCAGGUUCAUGGUCAUUGAGAACAUCCAUGUGAUGCGGAGCAGCCUGCAGAAACUCUUAGAAGUUUGUGAAUUGAAAACUCCAACAAUGAGUGAGUUUCUUAGUGGCCUGGAGAGCUCCAGGUGGUUGAGACACAUUAAAACUAUUAUGGAUGCUGGAAUUUUCACUGCAAAGGCAGUGAAGGUAGAAAAGGCCAAUGUCUUAGUCCACUGUUCUGAUGAGUGGGACCACACAGCACAAGUCUGCUCUGUGGCCAGCAUCCUCUUAUAUCCAUUUUAUAGGACAUUCAAAGGUCUCAUGAUCCUGAUUGAAAAGGAAUAGAUAUCCAUGGGCCACACGUUUUCCCAAAGGUAAAAAUAUCUUAAUUUUAAGUGAGGAGACUAAGAAAAGGUCAUUAGGUCUACAAAAUCAAAACUCCAGCAGUGA